GUCAGUCACAAUCACUUCAACUGCAGCUGGGGGCCUACCGUGACUCCGGUUUGGGACCGUUUCAAAGUUCCUCGUCAAACUGAAGGGAUCCAAGACGUCGGACCAGAUGGCGUCGCCUCAAACACGACGUCGUUUAAACCUCAUCCGCUCUCAAGACAACAACCAUAAAUGUUUUGAGUGCGACACUUCGAACCCCCAAUGGGUGUCGGUGACGUACGGGAUAUGGAUUUGCCUGGAGUGUUCGGGCGUGCACCGCAGCCUCGGCGUGCACAUAUCCUUCGUACGAUCUGUCACCAUGGACAAGUGGAAGGAAAACGAGAUUGAGAAAAUGCAAGUCGGCGGCAACGCCCGCCUCAAGGAGUGGUUCGACAGCCAGCCCGACGUGACUCCAGGGAUGACCAUCGUGCAGAAAUACAACACGAAGGCCGCGGCCAUGUACCGCCAGAAGAUUACCGCGCUGUCGGAAGGCCGCGAGUGGAGCCCCUCGGACUACCAGCCGGCGCCGCAGCCCUACGCCGCCUCCAAGGACUCCUACUCCAACGGUCAGGAGUUCCACAACAGCGGCUCAGACAACAACAUCAGCUAUCACAGCGAGUACGGAAGCGGUCGCUACACGGGCUUCGGCAACCAGCAGCAGACGCGGUCCACCCCCCUGUCGCCCACGCACACCGGCAACGAAGUGGUGGACAACAGUCUUGCUGCCCUGGCUACGGGAUGGUCGCUGUUUGCGUCGACGGUGUCUAAGUGCGCGCGCACCGCCACCGAGUCCGCCGCGCGGUACGGCGGCCUGGCCUCGCAGCGGGUCUCCGAGAUGGCCACCACCGUCACUGAGAAGGUGAACAACCGCGGUGGCUGGAGCUCCCUGGGCGGCGCCGACCCCCGCCGGGGCUCCGGCGGCGGCCAGCUGCACCAGGCGCAGUCCUACGGGGCCAUGCGGACCUCCGCCUCGGAGCCCUACUCGCACUGGAACGAGCAAGUGCAGCCGUCGGUGGCGGCCCGUAACAACCUGGACACGCGGGACCUCUCGCAGGUGGGCGUGGCCAGCCCCCCCCCCGACAUCAAGGACCUCAAGAUACGCAAGCAGGAGGACAGCUGGGACUGGCUCAACAACUAGAUCUGACGUGAG